AAUAUAUUAUUUAGAAUAUUAAAUAUACCGGGAAAGUAAUUAUAUGUGUGUGAGCGGGUACCCAUGGGUCGGGUUUACCUAAACCCAAACCCAACCCGACCCUGUGAAUAGUGUAGCGGGUUUAAACCCGAACCCUGCCCAAAACCCGUCAACACGGAUUUUACCCGCGUUGACCGGGUUGGGUCGGGUGGGUACCCGUGGGUUCGGGUUUUGUUGCCAUCCCUAAAGCCAAGGGCACUCUUCUGACAUUGAUCCAAGUAAAGCUGAAACCAGCUUUCAGUUCUUAUGGGUUUUUCGAUUUUCUGGGAAAGUGUUGUUUUUCCUUUGCCAUUUGUUGAGCGAAGGGGGAAAAUCCGGGCCAAGGGUUUAGGUUUAUUGUUCGAUUCUCUUGACUUAGAACCGUUGGCCGUUCUGAUUUUCUGGGAAAUAGGGUUUCUUUUGUACCAUUGUUCUUGUUCAUCCAAGGAAAAAGAUCUCGCUCAGGUGUUGGGUUUUCUUUUUCAUAGGCGAUUUCUGACUUUCUUGUGGGUUGUUUUAGCCCCAUUUCAUAGAAAAGACCUACGUCGCUUGGAAUCUGUCUUGGGAGGUCUUCAAUUUGAGAAGACGAAUCCGGGAAACCCAAAGAGACGAUGAAGCUUUGGAUGCAUACCCUGCCCUGAACUAUUAGGAGGAGAAAGCUUUAGAUGAGUACCCUGCCCUGGACUAUGAAGAGGAUAUUCCACUGAAGAACAAUUGCGUUGCUUACCAGGCAGCAAUGGCAGCAGCAGGUACCACUGAUUCCCCAGUCCAUUUGGGUUUCUCAUCUUAUUUUUCGGAUUACUAUGUCUUCUGAAUCAAUGAAGUUGUGCAGAAAUUUUUAUCCAAAAGGGUUUCAGAUGUGUCUCGUACCAUCUGAGUCUCUAUUAAGGUACAUAGUUGUAUGCUUUAAUUCACGGAACACUUGGGCACUUGUAUGCACUGCUAAAAGUAUAGGGUAUUCUGAACUUCAAACUUCUGUAAUUCCAUGUUUCCAGCUUGCAAAUGGAGGGCAACUUCUGCCUGUGAAGAAGGAGCUAGGAUACGAUGCUCUUUCAACCAUGAUUGAUGCUGGGUGAGAAACAACUUUUGAGUUACUGCUCAGUCAUCUUUUUAGAUUUAGUAGGAUAAUCAGAGUAACCAUCAUUACAGUACUGUGACUGUGAUAACAGUUCUUUCAUUUUUACUUACUUACUUACUUUCACUUAAUGUUUAGGCUUGUGAGAAAUGCCAAGGGAUAGAAAAUAGAGGGAAUGGAAGAAGAGCAGUCAUCUGCUUAUGGGUUUGAGAGUGGCAACUCCAGCAAUAUUGGAGAUGACUGGUACAAGAACAAGUCAAAUGAAGAAGAUCAGAGGAUAAUUAGCCCGGGACUGCAGCUGCUGGAGUGGGAUGGAGACGAGCCUGACGAUAUGGAAUAUGACCAUGGUCACACGUCGAAUGAGGAUCAGAGAAUUAUUAACCUAGGACUGCAGCUAUUGGAGUGGGCUGGAGAAGAGCCCGACGAGAUGGAAGAUGGCGAUAUUCCAUAUCGUCAGGCUCGUCUCCAUCCCACUCCAGCAGCUGCAGUCCCGGUCUAAUUAUCCUCUGAUCUUCUUCAUUUGACUUGUUCUUGUACCAGUCAUCUCCAAUAUUGUUGGAGUUGCCACUCUCAAACCCAUCAGCAGAUGACUGCUCUUCUUCCAUUCCCUCUAUUUUCUGUCCCUUGGCAUUUCUCACAAGCCUAAACAUUAAGUGGAAGUAAGUAAGUAAAAAUGAAAGAACUUUUAUCACAGUCACAGUACAGUAAUGAUGAUUACUCUGAUUAUCCUACUAAAUCUAAAGAGAUGACUAAGCAGUAACUCAAAAGUUGUUUCUCACCCAGCAUCAAUCAUGGUCGAAAGAGCAUCGUAUCUUAGCUCCUUCAUCAUAGGCAGAAGUUGCCUGGCCGUGUGAUCGGGCAGAACUGGGUUUUUAACCCAAUUUCGGGUCUUUUGAAGGGGGAAUCAAUUUUUAGAGCUAGAAACAGAGUCCUAAGGAGAGAAAGUGCGAAGAACACACCCUAGAGGUGAUUUUUGAGUGGGGUUUCUUCAAUCAAGCUUGAAUUUUAUG